GCGGGUCAAGCCCACGGUCCGUAAAAAAGACGCUAUGUGAAAAGACGGUCGAGUCCCAGAUUAAUUUGAAUUAAUCUGGGACUUUACCAUUUCUUUAGGGUGAAUGCCAAAGAGAAGAAGAAGAAGAAGUAGCAUUUCUUUGUUAAAAAAAUAAAAACAAUUUUGGAAAGGGGAAAUUGUAUAUAACCUAAAAAUGGUGGUAUUUAUUUGUGUUUGAUGACGAAGUUUCGAGUUGCAUUAUUAAAAGUAUAAUUAAUUUAUUUUACAAAAUACUUAACAGUUCUUGGCCUUUAGUAAUCAAAAAUCAAUAUUUACCAGUCUAAUUUGUCUACUUACCUAAUUAAGGAGGUCAAACAUUAAUAGAUUUAAAAUAUGUCUAUAUCUGAAGACGAAGACUUACCUCAGUUAUCUUCAGAAACAUUUGCAGGUUUACAAGAAUUUUAUAAAGAGCAAGAGGAUCGUGAAAAACGUUUAGAAUUACUAGCCUCAGAGACGAUAAAUGGCGACGUAACAAUUCAUGAAAAUUGGCAACUAAGUCAAUUUUGGUAUGAUGACAGAACUAUUGAAGCGUUAGUCGAUGUUGCUAUAAAAGCUGCAGGUUCAAACGGAAAUAUUGCUCUAGUAUCUUGUCCAAGUUUAUAUAGAAAACUAAAAGAAAAAGCUGACCCUAACUGUGAUAUAACACUGUUUGAGUAUGAUAAAAGAUUUGCCAUGUACGGUAAAGAUUUUAUAAUGUAUGAUUACAAGUUUCCAUUGGCAAUACCUAGAGAUAAGUCUAGUUAUUACGAUAUCGUAUUAGCAGAUCCUCCAUUUCUAUCAGAAGAAUGUUUAACAAAGACUGCUGUAACUAUCAAAUUUUUAACAAAAAGGAAAAUUUUAUUAUGCACAGGUGCUAUAAUGGCAGAUUUAGUACGGAGGUUAUUGGAUUUAAAAAAGAGCUCAUUCGAGCCAAAACACGCAAAUAACUUAGCUAACGAAUUCUGGUGCUAUACAAAUUUUAACAUAGACGAUGUAUUGUGAUAAAAUGAAACAAAAAAAAUUUGUAAUCAUUUUUAUUGUUUAAGUGAUAUGUUUGCAUGAAAUGUAUGUGAAUAUACAACAAAUAUAAAAGCUGUCAAAAAGCCAACAAAUUUCAUAAUGAAACAGCGUGGAUAUAAAAUUCUUUUAACUUUAUAAACUUGUAACAUAUUUAUACAUUCUUGCAAUAUAAAAAAUUAAACGGAAUAAAGUUUUGUUACCUCUCCCAGAUCUAUUUUGACUAGAAUAUUGCCCUUAACUAGCGUUGGGCACUAUCGAAUAAAAAUUAGUUAACAAACGGGUUUGUCGAUGAGCGCAAUUACUAAUUAUUCGAUAGUUUCCAUCACCACCUUUAACCAUAACCCACAACCUGAGUAACAAAUACAAAGACAAAAAAAAUUAAGUAUCGCUUUUUUUCUAUUUUACUAAUAGCACAUACAUUAAAGGCCCCACUACAGAUGCAAUAUCUUGGUCCCGCCAGAUUUGCUCUACCUCGGAAUAACUAUUUUCCCUUCUUUAUAGAUUCAAGAAAGUGUAAGUUAAGCUGAAUUCCAGCAUAUUCGAAAUUAACUUUGGAUUCGAUAAAGAUCCAUCACUUCUGAGAUUUAAAAUAAAGAGGACAGAGAAAUUUAUAAGCUUUCUGCAAGUAUAUUAUGAUUAAAAUAUAAGAUAUUACAUCUUGAAAUUGUUGAUACUAAAUUCAGAAAAAUUCUUAACACAUUGCAUGCCAAAAAUGAACAAAAUGACCAGUCGUGUCAAAACAACACGAACAAUGUAUAAAGUAAGCAAAUUUUUUAAGUUAAAUAUUUUCAAAAUCUCAAAGAUAAAGAAAUUUCUCAUUUACACAGGGGCGGAUCCAGAGACGGAUUUUAGGGGAAAAUAAAGGUUGUACAGAAGAUUGAGAACCGAGUUUAGAAUUUCAGUAUAUGGGUUUAUUUUUAUGACUGGUUCUUGUCGUUCUAUUUGUACCGAAAUUAAAAUAAUUUGGACUGUUUGGAAGUGGGAUAUUUCGACAGAUCCGCCCUGGUCUAUGAUAUUGUUCCCAAAUUAUUUCCACAGCAUUUUCUAUGUUUUCACAUAAUUCCUCAACUGUAUUCAUUUUAGUCUCGUAAAUCAAACUUUUUCAUGUAACCCUGUACGUAAAAAUCAGACUAUAAUCUGGCGAACUUGGAGUCCACGAUAUUGGUCCAUUAUGUCUAACUUUGUUUUUAAUAAAAAGAGUUAUUUUUGAGAUUUCAAAAGAAUAUGAUUGUAAAAUGUGCUUAUUUUGUCACCUUCUUUGUCGGGUUAAAAGAAAAUAUUCAACUUAAAAAAUGCAGUACAUGAAUGACAUGGCACAUGUGUUAAUACUUAAUAUUCUCAGAGAUGUUAAAAAUAAUGAAAAAAAAAAAAACAUUUAUAUUCUAACUCAUCUUUUUUUUAGCAAAUCCGGUGCUUUAAAAGUUUAUAAGUCACUGCUAGCGACUGAUAAAUGCAUAAAAUAAGAAACUCGCAAAUAUAACGAUACUUAAAUAAUAAAUAUACUUUGCUACCUUUAUAUAACUCUUAAUUUAAAUAGUUUUCUUGCGAAAGCAUACUUUUGAUUGAUUAUUAGCAAUAUUUGAAACAUAAAAUCAAGUACAUAAUUUCAAUCUGGUGUUAUUAUCCUUCUUCACAUUAUUUUCUUUUGUCAUCACGUGUUUUCAAAACGUCGUCAAACUAUUUACAAAACCACAACCAUUCUCAGCUGGAACACUUUUGUAACAACCGUCAACACAGUAUAGGCCUAUUAUUUCGCAAACAGAUAUACUUCAGAGAAUUUGUUUUGUAUAAAAAGAUUUGAUGUUUAUAAAAUAAUUAAAAGCAUGUUUUUACAAAUAAGAAAAUAAUAAUUGUGAUUCAAUUUUACCAAUUCCUGUCUCAUACAGAACAAAUUCUUCAGGUGCUACAAAUAAUCAAUUUUGUAAUCUUUUGGUUAUUACAAUUAAUAUACAGUCUUACGUAUCAUUGCAUUAGAUAACAUAUGUAUAUUUACGCCAACUUUGGUUAAUAAUGGUUUUAACUAUUUACACAUUUACUACGUUAUACUCAGUAAAAUUAAACAAAAUUGCUUACCGUGAAAAUAAAUAAAAUCUAAGCUACAUCCUAGUCUAUCAGUAUAUCACUAAAGAUUUUGAUAUUCCUGUUACAUGAUUAUUAAAAUAUUUGUUAUAUUGUUUCUUUUGACAU